AUGACGAUCAAAAUCAACCCCAGGGAUCGAGCGGAGAAGGAUUAUGAGUUUCGUGAAGAAGGAGACAGAAUUGAGGAGUACUUCAGGAAGUUUUCUAAUGGCGGCACCUUGCACAUGGGGUUAGCAACAAUAUUUCGAGGUUAUAUUUGCAUGAUCGCUAAAAAUUCUGUGAGGCUGGCUUCUAUUGUCAUGGGUAAGCCAGGCAUAAUUUCUGAAGAUGCACGUCUCACCACACUGAUGACUCCAAGAAAGGGAGAAAAGAUGACUCUUGGGGUGUACGUGCGCAACUUUGUCAGUACAGCCGAGGAUGCGUACAAUGAUAAGGUCACUGAGGAAACUAUUGUUACCUUUCUUGGUGCUCUUCAAGGUGUGGCAGCAAUGAGCUACUUCAUGGCUCAAGACACCCUUGCAAAAAUUGGUGAUGAUGAAGCUAGUUCACUGUACUGCGGUAAAGAUUCUGUUUUCAAUAGACCUUGGUUGGAGUACACGAGGAAAACAGACAAUCUGAGACGUGAAUUCAAGGCGGCUCCGCCACAACACCCGGACGGGAUUGUGAUGAAUACGGUGACUGAAGCAAUGAAACUCACGGAGUCCUUUGUUAGAUUGAUGACUGUUCGUCGCAGAACUGCACUACUAGGCCUUAUCCCAACUGUCACCACAGGCUCGGCGGUAGCAGUUUGA